AUGUACUAUGUCAAGGAAUAUAACGAACCAAAUCAGAAGAAGUUCAAAAAGGCUAAUGCAAAGAGUAAGCGAGAAGUAGCUGUAGAAUCAAACGCUUAUGAAUUUGAAAUUGAAGAAGUUGUUGAUCACAUGUUUACAAGAAAUGAAACAGUUUUGUUCAGAGUACGAUGGAGUGGCUACAACGAACUGGGCGAUUCUUGGGAGCCUAGUGAAAAUUUGAAGAAUGCCAAGUUGGCACUGCAAAACUACUUAAACAAAAAAAAUUUGGAAAUAGACAGCCGUCUUCAAGGUGUUUUCAGAAGAAAACGGAAGCGUCAGGAUUGCGGCGAAAAUUUUUUGAACAUUAAGCAAGAUUCUUCAGGUUCUGAUGCUGUUAAAAAGGCUGUAAGCAGAGCUUCAGAACGAAAGGAGAUCAAACAAAACCAUGAUGAGCAGAGUUUCAAACCUGCUGUUAAAUUUCUACUAACCGAUAUGCGGAAAAAUGAAAAGGAUGCUGCGGAUCGUUCUGGUCUCAGAAGAGCAGAAGAUCGUGAUAUUACUGAUUUUGAUUUGCCUAUUUGUAUAAUUCCUGGUGCUUCUUCUGCUGUCUGCAACGUUGAAGAUCGCCAAAUAGUUGGACUAACCAAACUGAACGGUAACGUUAAUGUUGUUCUUGGAUCGACGAAAAAUGAGUUUCUCGCUAGUAUCAAAGACGCUUAUUUUUUGAAUGGUUGGGGGCUUAUUCAGUUCCUAAUGAAUCGUCUGUCCUUUAAUUGCUAA